AUGCAUACUUCCCGGGCUUUAAGAGACACCGCUUCCCCUUCCGUUCCACCGUCUAUUGCAAAGACCAUCGCUCCUACCUCUAAGUUUGUCUCUCCACGCCCAAAUCGUCGCGAAGUUGCUCUUCCUACACAAUCACAGCCCAAGUUCCUGGUGGAAUACGCCGUAACCACCCUCGACAAACUCGCCAACUGGGGUCGUCAGUCAUCAAUGUACCCAAUGACAUUCGGCCUCGCAUGCUGUGCCGUAGAAAUGAUGCACAUCGCCGGGCCACGAUACGACCAAGAUCGAUUCGGCUUCAUGUUCCGAGCGUCACCGCGCCAGUCGGAUGUCAUGAUAGUCGCGGGUACCGUCACGAAUAAGAUGGCGCCCGCUUUUCGCCAAGUCUACGAUCAGAUGCCGGAACCACGUUGGGUUAUUAGUAUGGGGAGCUGCGCCAACGGCGGGGGGUAUUACCACUACAGUUAUUCUGUAGUCCGUGGAUGUGAUCGCUUGGUGCCGGUGGAUAUCUAUGUUCCUGGAUGCCCGCCGACGAGUGAGGCGUUGCUUUAUGGGAUGUUGCAAUUGCAACGGAAAAUGCGACAGGGAAGGAAGUCGAGGAUGUGGUAUCGCAAGUGA